UUUGCAGUUGUGAGCACAAAGAAAACCUCCUCCAUCUCCCUCGUCGUCUCCGACCUCUCUCCCUCUCUUGGCCUCUUUUGUCUUCGCUUUUGCUACAAAUAGAGACCAGAUUCCUAAAGCCUCUCAUUUAUCGUUUUUCAAUUCCAAACUUUGACUGAUAAUUUUCUUUUCGCGGAAAAUUUACAGUGCUCGAGAAGGUUGAGACUGUUUUUUGGCUUCCUUUACCCAACAUGAACCGAAUUUGCUUCCUGUAACUGGUGUGUAUUUUUUUUCCUCCAAUUCCCUUGUUUAUUGGAUUAGUUUGAGUGUAUUGUUUCUGGGUUUUCCUAUUACUCCGUUUUAGAGCUCCAAGAUCUGAAAAUAUUGUGGGCAUGCGGAUUUGUAAGGCUAUUCUUGUCGGAUUCGUUAUUAGGUUUAAUGCAUUGGAUAUAACUGUAUAACGGUGUGUAAGGAGAUUUUAGGGGAAGAUUUGAUCUGGGUUUUUGAAAUUUGAAGCAAUUAGUUUUGUGGGUAGAAUUUGUUCUGGUUUUUUGGAGAUGAAGAUUGAAGCGGGUACGGUCGCUGGAGGGUGGAGAGACGAUGACAAGGACAUGGUUGCUGCCGUUUUGGGGACACGAGCUUACGAUUACUUGAUUUCGAACUCAGUCUCUAACGAUAAUCUCUUAAUGACAUUAGGAAGCGAUGAGAAUUUGCAGACCAAGCUCUCUGAUCUCGUGGAGCGACCCAACUCUUCCAAUUUCAGCAGCUGGAACUACGCGAUUUUCUGGCAGAUUUCACGGUCCAAGUUUGGGGAUUGGGUGUUGGGAUGGGGAGAUGGGUCUUGUAGGGAGCCCAGGGAGGGAGAGCAAUCACCCGCCAUGAGAACUCUCAGUCUCAGGCUUGAUUAUGAAAUUCAGCAGAAGAUGAGGAAGAGGGUGCUUCAUAAGCUCCAUACAUUAUUUGGGGGUUCUGAUGAAGAUAAUUAUGCUCUGGGUCUGGACAGGGUUACCGAUACUGAGAUGUUCUUUUUGGCAUCAAUGUAUUUCUGCUUCCCUCGCGGACAAGGUGGUCCUGGGAAGUGUUUUGCUUCAGGGAAGCACUUUUGGAUCUAUGAUGCAUUGAGAUCAGGUACUGAGUAUUGCCUGAGGUCAUUUCUUGCUAAGUGUGCUGGUAUCCAGACCAUUGUAUUGAUACCAACGGAUAUUGGGGUGGUUGAAUUGGGGUCGGUAAGAUCUGUACCGGAAAACUCGCAGUUGGUGCAGUCAAUAAGGCUAUCUUUCUCAUCCAAUCCAUCACCACUGAUUAGUGUUGAUAGGCCAGUAGGUGCUGCUAUGCCAGGGGUGAAUGAAAAGAAAGGUGUGAAUUCCCAAUUUUCUCAUUUGGGGAUAGCGGAGAGAAGGGAAGGGGUUUCGAAGAUUUUGGGGCAGGAGUUGAACAAUUUAGCUCAUUUUAAUGCUGGCCAUCCCCAGUUUAGGGAGAAACUUGCUGUGAGAAAGAUGGAGGAGAGGCCUUCAUGGAAUGCUUACCAAAAUGGGAAUAGGCUUGGAGUUCCGCCUGCUCGGAAUGGUCAUCAUGUCUCGAAUUGCGCGCAGAGUUACAGUGUCAAACAAGGGACUGCGACGGAUAUCUAUAAAACUCAGAGUUCUGUUAACAAUCUACAAGAUCUUGUAAAUGGGGUUACGGAAGAGUUUCGGCUUAAUAACUUCCAGUCACAGAAGAAGGGUCCAAUGCAAAUUGAUUUUUCAGGGGCUACUUCAAGGCCUUCUGUCAUUUCUAUGCAGCUUAGUGCAGAAUCUGAGCAUUCAGAUGUAGAGGCUUCGUGUAAGGACGUGGGGCCAGGCGCAGCUGAUGAUAGGAGACCCCGGAAACGUGGCAGGAAGCCUGCAAAUGGAAGAGAUGAACCACUUAACCACGUCGAGGCUGAAAGGCAGCGGAGAGAGAAGCUUAACCAACGGUUUUAUGCAUUGCGAGCUCUGGUGCCGAAUAUAUCAAAGAUGGACAAAGCUUCCUUGUUGGGAGAUGCCAUUUCUUAUAUCAAUGAGCUUCAGGCAAAGCUCAAAGCCUUGGAAGCCGAGAGGGAGAAAUCAAAUACCUUUUCUUUUGACGGAAAUCAUAUGUGGCCUGCUGAUGUUGAUAUUCAAGCUUCCCAUGAUGAGGUUAUUGUAAGGGUGAGCUGCCCUUUGGAUUCGCAUCCUGCAUCGAGAGUCAUCCAAGCGUUGAAAGAUUUGCAGAUCAGCAUGGUUGAGUCGAAACUCGCCACAGCUAACGAUACUGUAUUCCAUACAUUUGUCGUCAAAUCUCAAGGAUCCGAGCAGCUCACAAAGGAGAAGUUGAUUGCAGCAAUUUCCCGCGAAUCCAAAGCCAUACAGCCAUUGCCAACAUCAUUUGGGUAGCACAAUGAUCUGCAAUUCGCUAUAGUCCAUAAAGGAUAAUAUCCUUGGAGGAGCGUUUUUCGAUGCUUCUUCAGACGUUUUUGGUACACAACAAAGAGAUCAGUAGAUAACUGCUUAUUAACCAAAAUAGGACAGCAAAUUUUCUAUGAUUGUUUAUAGUAUACAUAUUCUGUUUUACAAUUAUAUUUUUGCAAGGUGAAUUAAAUUUGCCAGUCCUAACCAGCAACGAUUGUUGGUUACUUAAGCAACUGAUAAAUUUAUUUGGCUUUACAGGGUUGUUUCUUUACAUUUUUUUCUUGCUAAUACAAGUGAGUUCCCUGUGUCACUGAACCUUUUUUCC